AUGCGCUCAACAGAAGGCCUCGGUAUUGGUCGCAUGUUUGCCAGCCCUGAAUACAAGAUGGCGCUGGGGUACGCGAUUCAACGCAUAAAUGCCUCGCUGUCAAUUACAAUCCCUACGUACGUUGUCUCAGACAACUUCUUGGUCUGGAAGUGGCGCAAGCAUAUGGCCCUUAUUGUCCAGCAGCGUUUAAUAUCGGCUGUUACUAAAGAGCCUUCUAGCACCUUGUCCCUCCUCGCUACGGAGUAUCAGAAUAACUUGGAGGACAUCGAGGCUUUGGUAAAAGUGUCGAGUGCAAACACGCAAGGAUAUAGCACACCGACUCAGUAUUACUGCCUGAUCAACAGCAGAAUCACAGAGCAUUUGAACGAUGCAGGUCUCUGCAUACGGACCAUUCACUGCGAAAAGGACGCCGUUUAUCCAGAAGACUUAACUGGGAACGACUUGAAAGCCAUUGAGGAUACUGUUCGAAACACAAUAGCCUUCCUCGAGCGCCUCGUCCAAACUUUUCUGCCUAACUCAAGACCAGCUCAUAACAAUCUUGAGGGAACCUCAGCCUUCCUCGAGCGCCUCGUCCAAACUUUUCUGCCUAACUCAAGACCAGCUCGUAACAAUCUUGAUGGAACCUCUGGUAUCAAUAAAAAGCACGAACCGGGUGGUUGUACCGGAACACAUGAUCGGAGGGUCGUAUGCAGCAAUGAGAAAUAA